CCUUGUACCGAAUACUGUUCGGCGAGCUGCAUAUACCCGGCAGGCGGAGUUCGUGUGCUGACCUCUGAAACCGCUUCACUAACCGGGUCCUCGCGCUACGGCCAUGUUACGCACGCCGUAACGCGCAAGUAGGCGCGACAACAUGUUCGCGCUCAUCGCCGGCGCCGUCGGCGCCUCGGGCGGCAGGCUGCAUCGCUCGGCGACGUCGUCGGUAGCGGCGGGGGCCCUGUGGCUGCAGCAGCUGCUGCCGGUGCCGCCGGCGUCACUUGCCAGCGCCGACCAGCGCCGGCCGGCAUCGUUGCUGCUACUUCUGACGGGUACAGUGCGGGAGCUGCGGACUGGUGCGGCGGUGCGGCGCCGGCAGCUGCUGCUGCAGCAGCGCAAGCAGCAGGCAGCGCUGGCGAACGCGGCGGUGGACGAUGCGUUGCUGCCCAAGGUGGCACUGGUGGGUCGGCCCAAUGUGGGCAAGUCGGCCCUGUUCAACCGGCUGAUCCGCAGGAGGCAGGCGCUGGUGUAUGACACGCCGGCCAGCCACGUGACGCGUGAUUACCAGGAGGGCCGGGCCCAGCUGGGUGACCUGGUGUUCCGUGUGGCGGACACCUCUGGGCUGGAGCCGCGCACGGCGGCGGCGGCGGGGACCAUACAGGGCCGCGCCACCUCCAUCACCGCCAAGCUGCUGUCUCAGAGCCACCUGGCGCUCAUGGUGGUGGACGCCAAGACGGGUGUGCUGCCCGCUGAUGAGGAGCUGGCGGAGUGGCUGCGGCGCCACGUGCCGGCGGGGCGCGUCAUGGUGGUGGCCAACAAGGCGGAGGGAGGCCGGGCGCAGGAGGAGAUGCCGCAGACGGUGUACGACUGCUACCGGCUGGGCUUUGGCGAGCCGAUGGCCGUGUCGGCCUCCACAGGGGAGGGACUGGCCGACCUGUUUGCGGCGCUGCAGCCGCCGCUGGACGCGGUCAGCGCCCAGCUGCGGGCGGCGGAUGAGGCGGCCAAGCAGCGGGCGGAGGAGCGGAGGGAUCGUGAGCGGGAGGCGCGGAGGAGGGAGCGGGAGGUGGAGGUGGAGGUGGAGGAGGGGAGGCGCGGGCGGAGGCGGCCGCGGCUGUUUCCUGUGGCUGGUGCCGGCGGCGGUGCCGGUGGUGAGGAAGGGCUGGCGGCGGCGCAGGCGUCGGACUCGGACGAUGAAGAGGAGGAGGACGAAGAGGAUGCCAAGCCGGCGGGCGGUCUGGGUGUGAUGAAGCUGGCAAUCAUGGGUCUGCCCAAUGCGGGCAAGUCCACGCUGCUCAACGCGCUGCUGGGCGAGCAGCGCGCAGUGACGGGCCCGGAGCCGGGGCUCACGCGCGACUCGGUGCGGGCGGCGUGGACGUAUGGCGACACGGCGGUGGAGCUGGUGGACACCGCGGGCUGGGUGGGGCUGGGCCGGACUACCAGCUAUGACGACGUGGGCGGCGAGGUGGCGGCCAUGUCGCGGCGCGCCGCCCUGACCAGCCUGGCGCAGGUGCACGUGGUGCUGCUGGUGCUGGAUGCGGAGAGGGCGCUGGCCAGCGACCGGGUGAUGAGCCGGCGCGAGGUGUCGCUGGCGGGCACAGUGCUGCGCGAGGGCAAGGCGCUGGUGGUGGUGGCGAACAAGGCCGACGUGCUCAGUGUGGCACAGCGGAGGGCGUUCACCAAGGCUCUGCAGCGGCACCUGGGUGAGCGCUUCCUGGACGCGGGCGAGCUGCCGGUGGUGGAGGUGUCGGCGCGGGCCGGCACCGGGCUGGACGACGUCAUGCCCACAGCCCUGGCCGCUUACACGGCAUGGAACAAGAGGGUGAGCACCGCGCGGCUGAACCGCUUCAUGCAGAAGCUGCAGCUGCGCAUGGUGGGCACCGGGCUGGACCGCACCCUGGAGCGGGUCAAGUACCUGACACAGCUCAAGGCCCGGCCGCCCACCUUCACGGCCUUCAUGGCGGGCAGCACCCCGGUGGGCCGCGAGUUCGGCGUGUUCCUGGCGGCGCAGCUGCGGGAGGUGCUGGGCUUCCAGGGGGUGCCGCUGCGAGUAUGGUUCAGGUACAAGGAGAAGCGGGCGGACCGGCUCAAGCGGCUGCGCUCUGCCGCAGUGGAGCGCCGGCAGCAGGCGCGAGACCAGGCGGCGCUGGGGCUGACGGCGGCGGGCUAUGAGGAUGAGGUCGGCGAGGAGAGCGAGGCGGAGGAGGAGGAGGCGGGCAGUGGCCAGGCACGGGCGGCGGCUAGGAGCGGCCGCACGGGCGCGGGUGCUGGCGGCGUCAGCAGUAGCGGGAGUGGCAGCAGCGGUGCCGGCAGUAUUAUGGAGCUAGCACGACAGCGUGCCGCGGAGCUGCGGCGAGACGUCGGCAUCAACGCCGGCUUUGAGUCGGAGGACGAGCAAGAGCUGGCACAGUCAGCGAAGCGACGCAAUGCUGGGAGCAGCAGUGGCAGUGGCGGCAGUAGCAGCGGCAGUUGGCUUGCAGGCGCUGGCAGGGGUGUCGCGAGCGGCGGUGCCGGAAUCGAGGAGGGCGGGCGGGGUGCUGGUCGCGGCCGCAAGCGGACAGCGCAUUGGGCGGAGGAGGAGGAGGCGUCAGCGGGCGACGACGGCUACGGCGUGUGGGUCACGGCUGAAGAGGCGGGGCAGGGGCAGGCGGCGGCGCAGGCGGACCGGGGGGCCCGCUCCGCUGGGGGCCGGGCGGACGUCCAGGCAGACGCGGCGGCUCCUAUGGGAGGCCCGGAGCGUGGCAGCGGCGGUGGGGUUGGGGGCGACGCGGGGCCAGGGCGGCCGGGUGGCGGCUCGAGGCUCCAGGUUGAUGUGCGGAGUCAACAACAGCAGCCACGGGUGCAGUUGCUUGAUGAUGCGGAGAAGGAGGAGGAUGUAUACGUGAUGGACAGGCAGGCUGCACCAAGGGCGCGGCCGCAAGGGGAAGCGGCAGCGGCAGGGGCCGCGGCUGCCGUGACCGCUGGCGCUUGGCCGCGGAAACGGCAAGUGGCCUCCAGCGCUUCCUCCACCACCUUCGAGCCCGCUCCUGGUGGCAGAGGCAGCAGCAGCAACAAGAUCAACAGCAAUCAUGCCGGCAGCAGCACCGGCAGUAGCACAAGCCGGCGGGCGGCGCUCCGCACUGCUGCGGCGCUGCUGCUGACUGCGCGGAAGCCGUCGGCGGCACUCACGCCAGUGCGGCCGCGCAGCCGCGCGGCUGGGGGCAAAGCGAAGGCGAAGGCGGCGGGGGCGGGGGGAGGGGCAGGUGGCUGGGGCGGCUCAGGGCCACGCGGGGGCGCAGCUGGGGGGCGGACACAGCGGUGACAUUCGCCGCUAGAUGAGUGCUUGCUCUCGUGGGUGCGGUGCAUUGGCAGUGAUGUAGCGGCACGUGGAUGGCGCAGCGGCGCGUGUAACGCUUUGCCGUGUGGUGUCCGAUGUUCGCCCCGCUUCGGGCAGACUCGGGUCGGUUUUGGCGGCGAUGCCUGACAACCCACAGGGACGUAAGACGAACGUCCCAUCCGUGCCAGUGACACAUUCGGUCUGCAGCACAACUACCGAGUCUCGCUUCACAGAUGCGGCAGGUCAGAUCCUGCGCUACUGACACCAGAUAUGCUUGGCCAGGAAACCCGACAUGCCGCGCCAUCAUGUUGCCUGAACCUGGCACCGCUAGGCCUGUACAGCCCGGGACAGUACCCGCCCUGGUCACCUGACUUGAGCGGGGUGCACUUGUGAACGGGCAUUGGGGCUUGAGCACAAGCGGCGAUGUCUGCAAGGCUGGAUGCCCCUAGCCCCCCUGCCUAGCAAAGCCAACAGGCCGGCAGGCGGAGAGUCAUACGACUGUGAAUGGCGCUGGUGCCUUACCACGGUCAGGAUGGCAAAGGCACUGCGCGGCACUGGGCUGGGUAUGAAACGCCAGGAAGCGCAGGGACCCAAAGUUGCCUUGGCGUGGGUGAUGAUGAGACCAGGGACAUGUUGGC